UACGCACCAUCCUACCCCCAGCCAGGUGGUGGCUACCCCGGCGCCGCUACUCAUGGCCAACAUCCCCCUCAUCACCAGUCCUCUUACCCCGGCGGGCCGCCACAGGCGCCAUAUGGCUCCCCGGCGCCGCCGCAGGGCUACCCGAGCGGACCACCUCCUCAGCAAUACCAGGGUGGCUCUCAGACGCUCCCGUCCACCGGCGAGGUCGAGGGCGCGCAAUACCGCGUCGACCACCGCGACAGCAACUCCAUGCUCUCCUUGCGCCUGCAGCCGGGCUACCAAAUCAAGGCGAAGCCAGGCAGCAUGGUCGCCAUGGACGCGUCUGUGCAGAUCAAGGGCAAGCUGAAGGUCAGCCUGAAGAAGAUAUUCACGGGCGGCGAGAUGUCGGAGUCCAUCUUCACCGGGCCUGGAGAAGUGCUUCUUGCGCCUGAGAUCUGGGGUGACGUCGUGCCCAUCCGCCUUGAUGGAUCGCAGAACUGGCGCGUCGGCAGAGAUGCGUUCCUCGCAUGCACUAUGGGCGUCACCCGUUCGACGAAGAGUCAGGGGCUCGGCAAGGCGUUGUUUUCGGGCGAGGGUCUCUUCGUCUAUAACAUCGCUGGCCAGGGCGUCAUGUGGGUGCAGAGUUUGGGCGCGAUCACCUCGCGAACUCUCCAACCUGGUGAGCAGUGGAUCGUUGACAACGGUCAUCUUGUUGCGUGGACGGCGCAGUACAAGGUCGAGCGCAUCGACGCGGGAGGCUUUUUCUCCGCUUCGCACACCGAUGAGGGCCUAGUUUGCCGGUUCACCGGUCCUGGUGUCGUGUACAUCCAAUCGAGGAACCCUGAGACUCUCGGGGAAUGGAUCCGUGAGCAGGUUCCCAGCGUGAACAACAAUUGAUUGGAACAGGCGCGUCAUGUAUACUCGUAAUUCGAUACUUGUACAGUAGCACCAAUACUCUUUCUAGUCAC